GUCGCCGGCCACCAUGCUGUCCGGCUCCCCGGGCAGGACCCCGCCGGCGCCGUUCCCCAGCCCGCCGCCGCCCCCGGCCCAGCCGCCACCGCCGUUUCCCCAGUUCCACGUCAAAUCCGGCCUGCAGAUCCGAAAGAACGCCAUCACCGACGACUACAAGGUCACCAGCCAGGUGCUGGGUCUGGGCAUCAACGGGAAGGUCCUGCGGAUCUUCGACAAGAGGACCCAGCAGAAAUUCGCCCUCAAGAUGCUCCAGGACUGCCCCAAGGCACGCAGGGAGGUGGAGCUGCACUGGAGGGCCUCCCAGUGUCCACACAUUGUGCACAUCGUGGAUGUCUAUGAGAACCUGUAUGCGGGGAGGAAGUGCUUGCUGAUUGUCAUGGAGUGUCUUGAUGGUGGAGAGCUCUUUAGCCGAAUCCAAGACCGAGGAGACCAAGCAUUCACAGAAAGAGAAGCAUCAGAAAUCAUGAAGAGCAUUGGGGAGGCCAUCCAGUAUUUACAUUCGAUCAAUAUUGCUCAUCGAGAUGUUAAGCCCGAGAACCUUUUAUACACUUCCAAAAGGCCCAAUGCCAUUCUGAAACUCACAGAUUUUGGUUUUGCCAAGGAAACCACCAGCCACAACUCUUUGACCACUCCUUGUUAUACACCGUAUUAUGUAGCUCCUGAAGUGCUGGGCCCAGAGAAGUAUGACAAGUCCUGUGACAUGUGGUCCUUAGGUGUCAUCAUGUACAUUCUACUGUGUGGGUAUCCCCCCUUCUAUUCCAAUCAUGGUCUUGCCAUCUCUCCGGGCAUGAAGACUCGUAUUCGAAUGGGCCAGUAUGAAUUUCCUAAUCCAGAGUGGUCAGAAGUAUCAGAGGAAGUGAAGAUGCUUAUCCGGAACUUGCUGAAAACAGAACCCACUCAGAGAAUGACCAUCACAGAAUUCAUGAACCAUCCCUGGAUCAUGCAAUCUACAAAGGUCCCUCAGACUCCACUGCACACCAGCCGGGUCCUGAAGGAGGACAAGGAGCGGUGGGAGGAUGUCAAGGAGGAGAUGACCAGUGCCUUGGCCACGAUGCGGGUUGACUAUGAACAGAUCAAGAUAAAGAAGAUCGAAGAUGCGUCCAACCCUUUGCUUCUGAAGAGGCGGAAGAAAGCUCGGGCUGUGGAGGCUGCAGCCCUUGCCCACUGAGCUGCUGCACCUCCCACUCCAUUGGAGGACAAGCAAUAAUUGUACAUGAAUAUAUUUUUUAAAUGAAGAGACACAAACUGCCCACUUCUGCCUUCUGUUCUCCAUGGCUACAUGGAGCCCAGAAAAUCCUUCUACGGUUGAAUUCUGCCUUUGACUCUGGCCUGUCCAGAGAGGGAGGGCAGGAAGCUGUGCAGAGGAGAGGGCAAGGUGCUCUUGAACCUGUACUCCUUUGCAAUUUUAUCCAUAAUUUGACUUAGAAUUUUUAUGGAAUCUCUUUUAUUAUCCUUUUCCCCACUCCUCAUCCUUUUCCUCAGGCCCCUUCCCAUCUGGAUAGUGCAAAGGUUGGGGUUUAUCCAAGGGUCUUGUGGAAGUUGUUUCAGGGAGUGUUCCUGUGUUGUACCAUCUCUCUUUCCUGGCCUUCUUACUGGCUUUUGCAUCUGGGAGCUCCAGGCUCCAGGGAGGCAAGACAGGGUUAGUAGUAGGUGCCACCCACCUCCUGCUGGAGCCCUCAGACAUAGUCAUUGUACACAACAGAUAGGAGUAUGAGUGUGUCCCUGUGCACAUGCCCAGAUCCAUACCUGUGCUGGGCAUUGGAGGGGCUAAGGAAGGCAGGGCUGCAGGGAGUCUUGCUCCAAAACCUCUUCCCUGCCAGAAUUGAGCCUGCCUAAAUGCAUAGGUAGCUUGUCUAGAUCCAGAGCCAAGUGGUCAUGGCCUCUGUGUUAACUGGGCAGGGGAGACAGAGAGGGGUGAGUGGGCACAUCUAUCAGGAAGACUAGGCUCCCUCAGGACUCCUUCUUCAAUGUAGUGGGGGUCCUAGGUCCCCUGAGGCACUGAUCCACUAGGUAGCCUGUGCUUGCCCUUCUUGCUGUUAUUAACCCACUCUCGUUGAGUUCUCUGAAAUUUUUAGCCAUUUCUCAUUGGACUGUUUCUCUGCUCACAUGGGUGAGCCUGGGAAGGUUAUACUGCAAAGCUUUUGUGUUUCAUGCAUCUCCCCUGGGUUCUGGGGCAUCAGCCUACCUCCCUUUGUGGGCAAGGGCAGGACUACUUGUGUGGUCCUCCUUCACAUUUCCACUGUGUGGCCUGGUGGGUUGGGACAGUCUUCACACCAAAGAUGUCCUGACUCUGUCUCCUGCCCAUUAGCCACCUUGCCCUCCAACAGCUUAGCCUGGGUGGGGGCUCCCUGGGAUUGAGGAGGAGCAGGUGGGGAAGAGUCUUGUGCCAUGGUCCCCCCAUGCCCUUCCUGUGGGGGAGGAGUGACUCCCUCAGGGGUUGGUGAUGGAGAGCACCUGGGUGUCUCUGGGCCUGGGGACAAAGCCCCAGGUGUCUGCAGCUCUUCCCUCAUCUGUGAUGGUGUGUUCGUCCAGCACUCAUAGACUAUUGUAAACUGUUGUUUUGUAUGAGAAAAAUUGUCUUUACUAAACUGAUUUAAUAGUUGAAA